UUUUUAGUUGUACAGCCUGUACUACGUAGACAAUCAUUUACGAUUGCAUAAUGUCUGCCGCUGCACUUGCCGGACGCCCUGUCUCAUCCUUCAUAGCCAACAAGUUCAAUGGCGGUGAGAAGGUUGACAACAAAUCUGGAUGCUACUACUGGUCCUGCAAACACUGUCCAGAUGCUCUUCACAUCCAAGGUCGUGAUAACCAACUCCCAAAUCACCUCAUUCACAAGUGUAAAACAUGUCCGGCGGAAAUACGAAAACAAGCACGCAUGUUUGUUAUGGGCAAGGCUGGUGGAGAAGAUGCGGUAGAAUUCAUUGAUUCUGAUACAAUCGAUGCGCCACGCACACAUGCACACCAAUGCCCAGCCAGGAAUCAACAUUGAUGUAGCUGCUGACCUCGAAGCUAAUUUUGCAUGGGCGCCACCACUCGCACCUCAAACUCAGAACGCUGAUGAUGAUCUUGCAGGUCCUGAAUCCAUAUCACUUGACGAGAUCGACGCUGCAUUUGCGCUACUGGAACGCGACACCAUGGAACAAGAGCCGGUUGACGGAAAUGAAGUGUUGGAGGGCCGAGUUUAUGAUUUCGUGGAAUUGGAGCAUGUUGACCAAGGUCUUGCACCGAAAUCUGUUGACGACGAGAUCAUAGUAGUUGAUCACACCUCACACAACGAUGGACAGUGGGAUGUGGACGCGCUGAUGUCUUCCAAUGGUGUUUCCUAGUGAU